CGUGCAAACUGUUGCACGGUUUGUUUCACGUAUCUCACUUUAAGCGUAAUUGAGAAACCUGUUUUGGGAAGUUACUUUGGGAACUCAAUUACGUCUUACACCCUGCUUUGUAUUAGUUUUUGAAGACAAAACUCGACUUGGAGGAAAGAACGCUGUCUCGGCCCGCUUCAGGACUAUUGAAUACAUUACAGAUGGGCUUCACCUGAACUGAAGUUAAGCCACAUUUGGCUGUCAAUCCGCUCCAUUCAAAAAAAAAAAAUGGCAGACAGUUUUUACCGGCUGGAAGAUGAAGACCUCCCGAGUUUCCUCUGCAAGUCUAUGGAUAGCACCAGUGGCCGUGCCACGCUGGAGAAUGUGACAUUGGGUUCAGGCCCAGGACUGCCAGUGGCGGCCUCUACGGUGGCAAAAAUUAGACCCAGGUCUGAUAUCAGAGAAGAUCCUGGUGAUGUGUCGUAUCUGGAGGGCAAAGAGCUGCAGCAGGCCAACUCUCAGUCAUCAAUUGGAGAUCAGCCCAAGUUUGCCCUCAGCUUUAAAGAUGACUUGGACAAAGCGGAUGACUUCAUCGCAGCCCACCGUCUUUCAGACAUGCUGGUGAAGAUUAAUCUGGAUGAGAGUGCAUCUCGAAACCAAGGCUCCAUGCUGGGGCUGCCUCCCACACAGAAGGCCUCGGUCCAUGGCUGGCCCACGGAACUUGGAACAGAUCUGUCAACAGGGCUUUUGGUGCUUUCCCAGUUUGGACAUAAAGAAAGUACAGAUACAAAGUCCAUACAGGCUCUGGCUUUACCAGCCUCAUGUGGGGAGGACAAUAUGCAGAGUGAGGGAAUGGACAGUGACCAUUUUAGUGGCAGCAACUCAAGCUUCCUGGCAAAUGAGAAGCUCAUGUCUGUGGACAGCAUGAACAGUGAUAUCACAGAUGAUGAUGCUGAUUUGAACAACUUGCCUGACGAUGAACUGGAGCUGUACUUCAAUAAGCUGGUCCCUCCUGCCAUGCAGAGAGGCAGAGUGGAGGGCCAGGAGAUUCCUUCAACAGGUCUAGCUGGUGCUGCUGAUGACAUACUGAACACACGUCCUGCAGAGCCAGAACAAUACAGACACCAGUUCCUUGAUGACUAUGAUCAGGAGCACUUCAAGAUGCCUGAUGUGCGUCUGGCAGCUACCGGUAUGGACUCCUGUCCUGCCAGUGAUGAGGACACUGAGGAUGAGCUGGAGUCUGCCAGAAGGAACAGCAAUGCUACCAGGACACGGCUGCUGCCAAGUACCUCCAGACAACUGGUUGGAGAGAGUAAUCGUCCUAGUUUCAGGCCGGGUUUAGAGGGAGGCAGUUCUGAUGAUGAGUCCUUUAGUGGCCGCAGCGGUCCAUCAGUGUCUGGCAUCGAACACAGGCGAUCUGCUGAGGGACAAGUCAUCAACCCUCCUGUCACAGGGGAUGGAGGAGGUGGGGAUGGGAGCAGUGGCAGCGAGGAAAGUGGAAAUUAUGGGGGAGUCUCGAGCGUGUCUCUUCCAACGACUAAUGUCCAGACCACCUAUGAUGUCCUGCGUGGGCUAGGUAUUGUGGGUAGCAGUGCUGUUGGUGAAGACGAAGAGGGUGGUCUGAAUAAUCUGGCAGGACAUGGAAGGAACAGAUGCACUGAGAUGGGUGACCGUGUGGGUCCUGUAGGAACAGGGGAGGCCAGCUCCUCUCUGGGAGCAUCACUGGGCACUCAGAGCCUUUCUCCUGUGAACUGGAGCAUGGUGCUGGAUCGACAGGAGGCACUGGAUGCCAUGGAGAGCACAGAGCCUGGGCCCACCGUUGACCGACUGCUGGACUCAGUCUACCUGAGGAGUGGAGCUGGACCCAGAAGACCUCAGGACUUAGCAAACCUAACUGCCUCUCACCUUCAAGGCACCCAGGGGAGCUUCCACCUCUCCCAGGUGCUGCUCCCGGAAUGUGGUGAUGAGGAUGAAGGUGAUGAUGAGGAUGGUCACAGUGGCGUAGAUGAACCUGAUGGUGCCAGGCCUUCCCUGGGCUUAAGGGGGGGACCCUGUGGUGAUGUGACUGCUGCAGAGUCGUCAGGAAGUUCCAGUGAGGAUGAUAAAAAUCCUCUUUCCACCUCCCUGGAACCCAAGUAUUUCUCCCAGAGCUUCCACCAGGAACAAGAAGAUUCAGAUAUGUGGAACCUUUGCCCAGACAACCUGGAGCUGGAGUUUCAACAAGGUGCCACUGCUGCCCAGAGUGUGGUGUACCAGAAUGAAGAAGGGCAGUGGGUGACAGACCUGGCAUAUUACUCCUCUUUUGAGAAAGAGGUUGAUGGGAAGACACCUGAGAAUGCUGGCCAGUUUCAAUCUGAGGACUUUGUUAAUGCCUGUGAUGCUUUGGAAAAGAUAGUUAAAGAUCAAGAGGAAUUUGAAAAAGAACAUCAGUUCAUACAGGAGGAGAAGAUUGAACCGGCCAACAGCAACAGCACCUUUCAGAGUGACUCGUCUUGGAAGGUCCCUGCCAACAGCUACAUUCUGAUGAGGGCUUCUCAGGCCUCCUCAGAGUUUGAGCAGGGUAACCAAAGCUACCUGCGACUUUCUUUAGGCCAGUUUUUUGGACAACGCUCUGAAGCCCUGGGCUGUUUGGGCAGCACUGGCGAUGUGGAUGGAGUUAAACGGCCAUCCUUUGGUUACAUCAUCACCUCUCCAGAGAAGAGGGAACCAUUUCCCCUGAUUCACCCCUCAGAGUUCUCAGCUGGAGUCAGAUCUCCUCACAGUGACACCAUGGAACUCAGUGAAGCAGACAAAACACUCAACCCAGAGGACCUAGACAAAACUCUUGAGGCGCCAGGUGAAAGGAUGCCACCCAAAGGUGAUAUUGAUCCAGAAUGCAGUGAACAGGAGAUACAGGUCCACACUGUGAGUGCUGCACUACCUGACCACAGUGAGGGCUCCGGCUCUGAGUCAAGCUUGGGCAACCAAAGCUGUGCGCCCCCCGACAGUAACAGCAGUCAUCUGAUGCUGAGUAUCAGUACAAUUGCUUCGGCCAUUGCCGAUGCGUCCAUCAGCACUGACCCAACACAGCUGGCUGCCAUGAUCAUGGAGCUCUCAAAGAGGGGCAAGACAAGAAAUCAGCCCACAUCUGCUGGACCUGCCAGGAGCAGCCCAGAGGAGCAGCUCUCAACUGAACAUAGCGUCGUGUUGGACACACUGCAGAGAAGCACCAAUGACAGGGAGCUGAGUGCCUUUGACAUGGACAAAUACCUGAAGAAAACUGAUGUGUCUUGCACCAGUGAUGCCUCUGUGGCACAUACUACCUUUGACCUGACCAGCUGGGCUGACAAUCUCAGCAGGAACCUUCAGACAGGGCACCCUGGGGAACAGAGGAGCUCAUCUCAGGGAGUGGACAGUGAGACUCAAAAGAUGCCCACAGGUACAAAAACUGAGGAGACAGACAGGAGAGGAAAGACGGCAUUAAACACUAGCUCAUCUGCAAUGUCCCUUUCAAAUGCAUUAUCACCAGGUAAGAAGGGGGAAUCAAAAAGGAGCUCCAUUCCACGUCCGCGUACAUCUUUCAGUUCUGCCAGAAGGACUGUGGGAUCAGGGCAGUCCUCCACAAUCAAGCCUCCUGCAGACAAAAUGGCAGCUUUGGAUAACACCACUUCUACUGCCACCAAGACUUGUAGUUCCACAGACAAGACCCCUACAGUAAAUGGAGUCACUCCAGGAGAACACAACCCACAAGCACCCAACACGACUGGUGGGUCUUCUUUAGAACCACCACAGAAGAGUGGCGUGCCCAAAACCUCCCCUUGCUUUAAAGGUUACUCUCCCCCGACUCAGAGGGUGAGGAGUGCAGGUCAGCAGCAGCAGCAGGACAGAUUCGGUAAUCCUCCAGCGAAGAAAUCACCACCCAGGAAUAUUGUAGCUGCUGCACUACCUUGUAGUUCUGUGGAGAAGCAUGUUGGCUUCUCUGGCCUAAACAUCCAGCCUCCACUAGACCUUGCAUGUGAACUCCCAAAGAGUUUUUCUGAAACCUGUGUGGAGGAGACGCAGUGUAACUUUAGACCGUCCACCUCUCCGCUCACCCACUCCUCUCCAAGUCAGACCUCCAUUCCCAGUGCUGAUGGUAUGCUGUCACCUUCUUCGUCCAGUGGAGGUCUAGCAGACAAACAUCCAGGUCUUGACCUCUCUCCUCAGUCUAUCUGCUCCAGCCCUAGUCUCAGCAGACUCACGUACAUCUCAAUGAUUGAUGGCACUGUCAUACCUACACCCGAGAGACAAAAGAACAAUUGCACCAUGGCACUGAGCACCACCAUUAUCAGAUUCAGUCCAACUCCACCCGUGGAAUCAGAUACACAGUCUAACCUCGAUGCUCCUUCCCUGCCUAAAAGCCUGGACCAGGUGCAGACACAGCAUUCUAAAAGUCUGGACCCGCUACCAGCACAGCAGUGUAAAAGCCCAGAGCCCUCACGUAGUGGUUCUGCUCUGAGCUGCACUCGCAGUCAGAGUGAAUGUAACUACCACUGUCCUGGGGACAGGACCAGUGAUCUUUCAUCUGGGUGCAGGAACCACAAGCACCUCUCUGAAUCCAAUGCAAUGAAGCUCACUAAAGUAGACUCUGGAUAUUGUAGCAAUCUGAACAUUCAGCAAACUAGAAGCAACACAGCUCCUCAGAGCUCCCAGCAGUGGGGUGCUGCUAGCUCAGCCUCAUCAUCUGUGUAUGCUGGUGGCCUCAAUAUGCCACCGUCCUACCCAUCAGAGGGACUUCACUAUGUGCCCAUCCCCAGCUUUAAGCCCCAGUGCUCUGGCCUGGUUGACCUUCCCCACCAAGGAGAUAUGCAGAACCUUCUCACUGGACACUCUCUCUACAACUCCCAGCUGGCUCAGCAGUAUUUGAGAUCUGAAGCUCCUUUACAUCCUGGUGCUUAUCACGUGGGAACAACAGGAAACGGGCUCUACAGCGUUUCAUCUACAGGCACAACCAACAGCGAUCCAGCAAUGAGACACAUCCAUCCCACAUCAGGGCCUCUGGGAAUUUCUGGGGCUGCUGGCUCUCAUCACCUCGCUAGACCCCAUCAGUACGAUGUGGAUCCACUGGUGGCAGGUGGUCUCGAGGAGCUGAGAGGCCAAGUGGUAGUACCAGGGGAGCUGCGCUUCCCUCAUGCCUGCUGCGUAGGCAUCGCCUCACAGACGUCCCUCAGCCUCUUCAACCCCUCUGAGAGAUGGCAGCAGGUGUCUAUCACUGUCACCAGCUUGGCUGUUGAUGGAGAGAAGGUGGAUAGCCUACCUUAUCAGUGGCUGAUAGUUAAAAACAAGACUAUCAUUGGGCCGAAGAGCACAGAGGAGCAGAAGGUGUUGUUCAUACCUCCACAGCCAGGUGUCUACCAGUGUGUCCUCAGUGUCUGCUCCUGGCCUGCGUCUGCUGAGACAGAGGUGGCUGCCAGGGCUAAUAUCUUUGCUAAACGGGUGGUGCUGGUUGCCAUAGCGGAGGAUCCUGCACUAGAGGUUGAAGUAAGCAAGUCUGGCUUUUUGGAUUUUGGAGACCUUCCAGGAGGCAGUGUCAAAUCUCUUCCCCUUAAACUGUUCAACAGGACUCAUGCCACAGUACCCAUCCGUCUGGUUAUCAGUGCUAACGCUACAGCGUGGCGAUGCUUCACCCUUUCCAAACACCCCGUUACCAUGACAUCUGAAGCAACACAGCAGGCGGGACACAUGACCCCAGUGUCUUCUCCCUCAGUGAUGAAUCACGUGAUGCACGCAAGCUACGGAGAGAAUCUAGUAAGCUUCAUGGUCUGGGUACAUUUCAAGGCCCCUGAGAAGUACACCUUUUCAGGAGAGCUUGGUCCAGCUGAUGAGUACAGUGCUCGCGUGGACGUUGAGCUGGACUCUCCUGGUCCGAGUCGUGUGAUCUGGAGCGUUCCCAUCAGGGCCAGGUCUGGAACUGCAAGGGUCCAUGCACCUAAAGGCCUGCAGACUGUCAGUUUGUCUGCUCCACUGGGUAAAUCUAGUCAGCAGACGCUGCCAUUAAAGAAUGCCGGAAACAUUGAUGUGCAGCUGAAACUCAAGAGCAGUGACGCUGAGGACAGUUUCUCUGUGACACCUGAUGAACUGUUUCUGAGAGCAGGAGAGGAGCAAGGGAUUAUUGUUUCCUUCAAAGCACAGGGUAACAGGAAGUGCAGAGAAAGCCUUCUCACCAUCUUGGUGUUGCCGUCAGGCCCUCAGUAUGAGGUAACCCUGAAAGGAGAAGUUGUCCCAGAGGACUCUGGGAAACCUGCCAUUCCCUCUGCUGCUGUCUUUGGCCCAGGUCUGGCCAAAGACAUUCCACCGAUCCUCUCUAAUAAACAGUUCAUAGCUUGGGGAGGGGUCACCCUAGGACGAGCUGUCCAACAGAAGCUGGUUCUAAGGAACAACUCUGCCGGUGCCACACAGCAGCUACGGUUGCUUAUUCGUGGUCAAGACCAGGACUGUUUUCAGCUCCAGAGUAUGUUCAGUCCAGAGGAGCGUCUGACCCGACAUGGGGAGCUGUCCAUCCGUCCCAGAGAAGACGUGACCAUCCACCUGCUGUUUGCUCCCACCCGGGUGGCCUCCAUGUUGGCCAAGCUGGAGAUCAAACAGUCUGGAGUCCGGCCUUCACAGCCUGGGGUCAAAUUCACUAUUCCACUGUCAGGCUACGGCGGGACCAGCAACAUCAUCCUGGAGGACCAGAGGAAACAGGCAGACAGCUAUGUGGCGACACUGACCGACAUUGCUGUUGGUCACGUCAGCAAAGUGUGUCUGUGCGUGAGGAACACUGGCUCCAGAGCAGCCUUCAUCAAAGCCGUGGCCUUUUCUGAUGUGCAGACGCGAUCAGUCUUGGAGCCGUCUGUCAUCAGCCUCGCCCCGUCACAGUUUGUGUUGAAGGAAAGGACACAAGAGGUGAUAACUGUGCUCAUGAAGUCCACCCAAAGAGAACAGAGCCUGUGUCAGUCAGCCAAUACACUGCUGGCCACUGUCUGUCUGUUCUGUGGAGAUGAGGUCUCCAGGCAGCAGUACAGGAGAUUGCUUCAGAGCAAACCAGAGGCUCCGCGAAAGGCUCUGUCUGAGAACAGUCUGCUGAAAAACAUUGACUUCAAUGAGAAGUUCCUGGGCGAAGAAAAUAUUACAGAGACCUGUGACCUGCCCCAGCGGCCCAACGAGGCCCACAUCUUCUAUGGCAACAUGAGUAAAGUGGUGGUGUCGUUAAUGGGAACUACAAAGAGCACAGACUGUGAGGAGAGAGACCAUACUGAGCUGCAGCUGCCCUCUGCUAGAUGUGGUUCAGAGACAGACAGUGGUUUGGCAAAUGGCAGUGUAUCUUUGGAUGUGCUGCCAGUCAAGGGUCCCCAGGGUCCAGCACUGAGAGUGACAGAGCCCUCCUUAAAGGCUUCAGAGCCAUUACAUAAGCAGUCUGAGUCCUGGACCAUCCACCCAGAACAGCUUGUCCUCACAACUCCAACUACCAUCAACGGUGCAACCACCACCAGCCAGGUUCAGAUCCGGAACAAUACAUCCAGAGAGCUGAGCUUUGAUCUGUCUUGGCCUGCCCACUGCCUCACCAUCACCCCUCAGCAUGGAGUCAUUGAGCCUCAGUGCCACCUGCAGAUUUUGAUCAGCCCCAACCCUUCACUAGCAACUAAAUCUACCCUGCUGCCGUGGAGUGGACAGAUUUAUGUCCAGUGUGAUGGUCAACAGAAGUUCAUUAAGGUCCAGAUUCGUCAGGACCUGGCUCUGGAUGUGUCUGCAGCCCCAGCAGAUAUGACACUGUCAGCCCUGCCUCCUCAUGCUGCCACCCCUGUGCUGCCCGUGGCCAGGCACACUACCAAGCCCUCGCUGCCCCUGCAGACCCCACAUACACCUCCGGCUCUGGUGGAGAUCAGCAACAGGACCAUUAUCUUCCCCACCACUCCCUCAGGCGAAACCUCAGAGGCCCAGCUGGAGGUGCAGAAUGGGGAGGUGGAAGUGAGGUGGUACCUGUCUUCAUUUGCCCCUCCAUAUGUUAAGGGGGUUGACAGCACUGGAGAUGUUUACAGGGCCACCUACACUGCUUUCAGAUGCUCCAGGGUCUCAGGGACUCUGGGAGCUCAUGAAAAGAUGCAGGUGCCAAUUACUUUCCUGCCCAGGGACCAAGGAGACUAUGCCCAGUUCUGGGACUUGGAGUGCCACCCGGUGUCUGAGCCUCAGCAGAAAACCAGAAUCCGCUUCCAACUCUGUGGCACCGGCGUAAAGUCUGGACCAGCAGAAGGACCACAGGAAGGAGACUGCUCUCUGGUGAAAACAGAGCCCGCAGUCAAGACCAGAAAGAGAACUGAGGCCUCAGCAGGAAAAACCAGCCAGGAGGAGACUGUGUGGAGGGGUGUGUAUUCCCCACAGGAUCUGUACACCUUCCCAGCCACACGGGUGGGUGAGUCCAGCACUCUGAAGGUCAGCAUCCGCAACAACUCAGCCAGCGCACAUGAGCUGAGAUUUGUAAACUGUAAGGAGCCGUUCCACAUCAAGCAUUCCAAAUAUUCCCUGAGAUCGCAGCACUAUCUGAAGCUACCCGUCCAGUUCAAGCCCAGUACUGCAGGCAGACACGCUGGCUUGCUGCUCAUCCAGUCAGAAACAAGUGGAAGUCUUGUUAUUCAGCUGAUCGGUGAGGCAUUGCCUCGAAAUCACAAUCUACCAUCCUACACCUCCUCCUCAUGCUGACUGGCUAGCUUUGGGUGGAUGCUCUUCUCUGUGCUAUUCAUUGUGGUACAGCGGGUUUAACAGAGGAAAAGGAAAAACUGCAAAAUGCUAAGGAUCAAAUAAAAGCAACCCUGGAUUUAAAUCAUUCCUUGCCAUCGUAUUCAGAGCUGUAGACUGUAGCUGAUCGACUGGAGGUGACUGAGAAUCCACUGCCAACACAGCCCCAUCUGCCCCUGGACAAGGCACAGGUGUGUUCAGCUGGCCCAUGUAAAACGAUUGUGCCUGAAGCUGAAUAUUUAGUCUGACUGGUUCACAGUUAGUCUGCACCUCUCUGGCAUUUCAGAGUUAAUUAUUUUUGUCACUUGAGUCUGGACCUGGUAUUUGCCUUAACCCUCAGUUGUGUCACAAGGCAGCAUUGUUGUCGCCACAGCCUCGGUCACGGUGUCGACAGUAGCAGUACCAGCUGGGAUAUGUUGGGGAUUACUGGGGAGCUGGUCACUCAGGGACGCCUUUGGUAUCAUGACUGCAGGGAUUUUGUUUUUGGAAAACUGAUAUUGUGUUGCCUUUUUGCCAUUUUACAUAGUAGGAAUCUAAAAAAGAGAAAAAAAAAGUAGCCUGCGCAAAUUUUUAGGUCAAACCUGAGUAAUUUCUGUUACUGACUGUAACAAAACCACAUGAGAUUAAACGAUUCUGUUCUUUAGGAAUCACAGAAACUCUGAUUUUCAAAGUUAGGUCUGUCCACAUUUCAUAAGAUUUUCCUUAUCUUCUGUGCUUGUGUGGUUUUUAUGGAAAUGGCUCCUCAUCGCCAGCAGAGCCCACCUGGACAGUGGCCUUUGUCAGCACCAUGUGUCGACUUCCCAGCAACAUCCAAGAUGUGUUUCAGACAGUCCAGAUGCACUUGAUUUAGUCAUGAUCAGGGAAGCUCGGAGCUCAUUAGGAUGGUUAAUGAUUGUUAUUACAUGCUUAAAGAGUUUCCUCUGGUGAGGUUUUUGUUCAGCAGCUUGCCAGGCCUGCUCAGUAUGGUUACCAUGGUAAAACACUGUUAAUUACAGUUCAAGUCACAGAAAAUUAGCUCCCCAUUUCCUCUUUUGGCUCUGGGGCAAUGGCCAAAAUUGUUUGGGGGGUAUUGGAUUCACAUCCGUAAUCAUUUUUUUGUAACUGGAACGACACGGGGAAACUUCAUCAGAGAUGUGUUGUUAACCUGUUAGAUGCCAUUCAUGACGACAACACUUUGGAAAUGAAAAACACUAGGUUUGAGCAAGAUGUUUGUGUUUGUGUAGAGAGUUUUAAUGUGAAGGCAGUAUGUUGUCACAGGCUACACUCAGCGUGCCCUGACAGCCACACUAACAUACUUUUGAUUUACAAUUUGCACAUGCUUUAAAUAGUAUAUUAUGUAAUAUAUUGUUGUAUGUACACAUUUUAAAUAAAA